AUGGAAAAAGUGAUGCAGCGACUGGGGUUCACCUCAAAGAAAACGUCGACUCCCUACGAGUACCGCAACUCGAGCGGACGUGCAGCAUAUGGCACGAACAAGUCCAACCUGGCGAGCCACUCACACUUUCAGUCCCACGCAUAUGGGGGCAGAAAGUCGUUCGACGAUGACCCGGACUGGAUGGAGCUCACCACAUCUGGUGGGACAAAUGGAAGUAAGGAACAUAUUGUCAAUGUCCAGAAGGAUGUUAUGGUUCGAACUGAUAUUGUGACUCGUUUCGAGGAUGUGGAGGGUCAAGGUCCCUUCGUCAGCGGGUAG